CGUCUGGCGUCAAGCGGAAGUUUAGUUCAAUCUUGUUCAUGAUUUGAAGAAAGGACCACGCUGAAGAAUGCCUUAUGCAAACCAGCCUACUGUACAGAUAUCUCAGCUAACAGAUGAGAACAUCAAGUUUAUCAUAGAGGAUACAGAUCUCAGUGUCUCUAAUGCUGUAAGAAGAGUAUGUAUUGCAGAGGUACCAACGAUAGCCAUAGACUGGGUACAGAUAGAGUCCAACACGACUGUCCUGUUUGACGAGUUCAUCUCCCACCGAAUCGGUCUGAUCCCAUUGACUAGUGAUGAAAUGGUCGACAGGAUGCAGUACUCCAGGGACUGUACCUGUGAGGAGUUUUGUACUGACUGUUCUGUGGAGUUUAACUUAGAGGUAAAAUGUACUGAUGACCGUACCUGUCAUGUGACCAGUGCUGACCUUAUUUCGACUAACCCCAAAGUUGUUCCGGUGACGUCACGACACAAAGAAGAGGCCAGUGAAUAUGAAGACACAGAUGACAUACUGAUUGUCAAACUGAGGAAAGGACAGGAGGUGAAAAUAAAAGCAUUUGCCAGGAAAGGAUUUGCGAAAGAACAUGCAAAAUGGAACCCGACUGCCGGUGUAUCCUUCGAAUAUGAUCCAGAUAAUUCAUUGCGCCACACAACAUUCCCCAAACCAGAGGAAUGGCCCAAGAGUGAAUUCUCUGAACUUGAUGAAGACACACAUGAAGCCCCUUUCAAUCCCACUGGAAAAGCAAACAAAUUUUUCAUGAAUGUGGAGGCGUGUGGGUCAUUACGACCAGAAAACAUUGUCUUCUCCGGACUUGGUGUGUUGAAAAAGAAGCUCAGUGACUUACAAACGCAACUUAGUCAUGAAAUUCAGACAGAUGUACUCGCAAUUUAACGGGGCCACAAACACUGAAGGAUGACUUUUUCAUGAACAUACUGGGUGUAAUGACUUGUUACUGCGUGAAGAGAAGACCUAAGACAUAUAUGCCGUACUUUAAAUCAGGGUUUGCAAAUUUUUGUUAUUUUCACAAUUGCAUAUGACUGACAUAUUUGCGAGGAAUGUACAUCAUUAAAGGACAAAGACAGGUGCUUGUUGAUUACAAAGUUAAGGAUUUGCAUGAAAAAUAUUGUGGAUUUAUUGAUAUUUUACUUGUCUGAACCCCCUGAAAAAAUAUCAAUCUGUUAAGAAACAGGAGAAAUUCAGCUUAAACGAUUUAAUUUUGUGAUGUAUUGACACUAGGGUUGGUGAUCAUGUAGUUAUAGGUGUUGUGGUAUAUUAACCCUUCCACCCCGAUGUAGUUUAAUAAACUCAACCAAGCAUUGAUAUGGAUAAGUCCAUUAUGGUCUACAGGGGUGUAAGGGUUAAACAAAUCUUUACCACAGUGAGCCCUGUUUUAUCAUCUGCCAGGCUGUCACCAUUGCCCGCAUUUAUUAACUAACAGACUGCCAAUCAAACAACAGAGGUGUUAGUUUAAAACAGUUCAUGUACAGGUUGAUUAAAGCCUUCAGUCAUUUUGUUUGGUUAAAAUCCUGAACUUUUGAUCAUGGUCAAUUCAACAUUGGCGUAAACGAGGGAGGUGUUAGUUUAUAUCGUUAUUGUACAGGUUGAUCAAAGCCUUCAGUCAUUUUGUUUGGUUAAAAUCCUGAACUUUUGAUUACAAUGAAUACAACAUCAGGGCCAUUGGAUUUUCGUGGUCGUCCAUUAUGGACCUUCCUCAAGGAUGUAGUAGCUAUAGCAUGAUGGAUACUUAAACAUGCUAGUUGUUGGCUUUGCGAACAUUCAGAAUUCAUCAGAUCAAUAGCAAAAUAUUUGAAGUACAAAAAAUGGGUAUAAAGCUGGGGAUUUUUGCAUACUACUUAUCAAACGUAUUGCCUUGAAUACCUACGCAGCCUGACUGGUUCUUAAGUAAGUCAAUUACUUGAUUACAUCAUUUAAUAGAAAGAAACUUGUCAACUCAUCACCAUUGCUUAUCAUGUUUACAUAAGUCUCAUUAAAUUUUAAAUUAAAGAAAGAAAACUUUA